UUCGUGUUGUGGCUGUGGGGAGGAUUUGUCUGGCGAAGGUAAAGUGGCUGAAUUUGUUCUCCCAGAACCGAUGUCAAGAUGACUGCCCAAGAGCAAAUGCGGAAAAUGCUGGAUGAGCUUAUGGGUACAAAAAGAGAUGAAUUGUUUACAAAACAAGACAUGACUUAAUAGAAUGUUACAUAGGUCAAUAAACUUCUAUGGAUAUGUAAGUAUUGAGGGUAUGUGAGUCAGUUGUAACUACAAUUUAUUUGGUUUUUAUCUAAAGCUUCAGUUUUUAGGAAACAUUGAGAAAUAUCAUGGUUAGUAAAGCAACCACAAAAAAGAAAAACAAUCACACUAAAUGAAAAUUUUGCAUCAUGAAUCUCUUUUUCUUUAGCAUUCAUUUGCUUUUUGUAUAAUAUGUAUAUAUAUCAAAGAAUAAGCAUAUUAAUAGACAAGAAAAAAUUUCCCUGAUCUCGUUAGUCAGUUCUUUUGGCAAGUAGAAAUACAAACAGACAUAGCGAGUCUGGAUAGGAAACAUGUUUUGCAGGAUGUCAUAUUGGCGGGAGAGCCAUUCCUGACCUUAGGCAACGAUUCCUGUGAUUCCUUUAUAAUGUCAAAAAACUCCUCAACAUGUAUAUAUAACACAAGGUUUAUUAUAUUACCCUAUUGGGGUUUGUUAAUUCAUACAGUAUAAAUUUGACAAAGAUGUCAGUCAACAACAUCAAACAAUUUAUUGAACCCCUUUCAAGUAUAUUCAAGUCAAGAUAAUAUGACCUUUUCACUCAUUUCCUUAAACUUUAACAAUACAAAGAAAGUUUGGGUUAAAACCUUUUUAUAACCAAACACAAAUGCCUUUAUUGACAAGCCAUUUGUUAGCCUUUCCUCUGUGAAGAAUUUUUAGAUGCCCUAUAUGACUUACUCUAUCUAUAAAGUUAAAGCAAGUUAAGAAUAAAUUUCCUUCUUCAUUGAUUACAGAUUGAUAAUUACUCAAAUGUUUAAGCUUUAAUUUGUGGGUAUAUGCUUAAAAGGGUAUAUAUUUAUGUAGCUUUAAGAAUAUACCAAAUAUAUACUUUAGUUGUAAAAGUACACCUUCACCCAUGGAAAAGAUCCAAUAACUUGUUUGGAGGCAGAAAUUGAUAUGAAUUUUCAGUUUUUUAUUUUGGCUUAUCAUAACAUUUUCAAAACUCAUAAAUUUUCAUAACACUUUCUAAAAUAGCAAUUUAUGAACCUUUCAAAAGUAUGAAGAGGUUAAAAAACUGCAUUUCGACCAUUUUGGCCAAAGAGAACAGAGAAUGGUCAAAUUUUGUAAUAUUUAGACACUUAUGAUUAUUAGAUAUCUAAAAUACUCAUUAUUGAAUUCAAUUGGGCUCACAUACAUGUACAUGUUAGUUGUUUAAUUCUCAAAAGCUGUCAUUACAAUAUGUCUCCAAUGAGUGUGCACCACAAUGAUAAGACCAGUAUAUCUGUGAAACAUAAAAUACACAUGCUUUGAUUUUUUGUAAGAAAGCAAACAGAAUACAUGAUAGUGAAUAAAAUCUUAAUUUGGAGUGGACAUAUAACUCUGUGGAUUUCCUAGUGCUGUCUAUCCUCUUGGGAUGAUACUAGUUUGGGAAUUUUGGUGAAAAAUCAAAGUGAGCAUAUAUAAUCGUGAGUACUUUUCAAUAUUUUGUGCCAGCAAAGAGAGACCUCAAAUCAUCAGUUGGAGGCCAAGAACUAGUUAAUUAUUUGUUUCAUGUUUAUGUAUGGUGAGUGAAUCAUGAUAAAAUCAUAGACCUAAAUUGCAUUGGCUUUGUUAAUCACUUUGCAAAGAAGCUAAUGAUAAAUCUUUGAUUAAGAUAACUUUUUGUAGAUCUGCAAACUAUUUCAGUGUUAUAAUGAUGAUGUUAUAUUUUUAGGUGAAGAUGUAGAAGAAGGUUUGAAGUUUACAGACCCCACUGUUUGCAAAAGUUUUAUUAUGGGUCUGUGCCCCUAUGAACAGUUCCAUAACACAAAAUUGGAUUUAGGACCAUGUCACAAGUACCAUUCACUGGCACUUAAGGCUGAUUUUGAGAAUGCUUCAAAGGCAAAAGAUUAUGGGUAUGAUGUUGAUCAAUUGGAACAUCUAACAUCAUUUGUUAAGGACUGUGAUAGAAAGGUGGAGGUGAAUAAAAAGAGACUUGAAGAUAACAGUGAAGAUUACGAUGGUUCACCUGAGGCAAUGGCUGUGCAUGCACUGAAUGAGCGAAUCGGAAAGCUGCUUGCAGAGAGUGAAACGUUAGGUGCUGAUGGUAAAGUUGAAGAGUCUUUGGCAAUGAUGAAAGAAGUUGAUGAUCUAAAGGUUCAGAAGAGAAAAGCAGAGGAUAUGUACAGAAGCACAUUACCUGUGACCACAAGUCAGCAGCAGAAAUUGCGAGUCUGUGAGAUAUGUGGCGCCUAUCUUAGUUUGUACGAUAACGAUAGAAGAUUAGCUGACCAUUUUGGCGGGAAGCUGCACAUGGGGUUUAUUAAGAUCAGAGAAAGGCUGGCAGAGUUACAGGAGUCGGUGGCUGCAAAACGAGAAGCACGCGAAAAAGAGAGGGAACAGAGACGAAAGGAGCGAGAAGAGCGACUCGAAAAAGAAAAGAAGGAAAGAAGUCGGGAAAGAGACAGAAGAAAACGCAGUAGAAGUCGUAGCCGUGAAGGAAGUCGGCGUAGGGACAGAAGUCGUGACAGACGGCGAGAUAGAAGCAGAAGUCGGGACAGGAGUCGGGACAAAGAUCGACGCCGUCGGGAUAGAGACAGUAGAGAUGGCCGAGAUAGACGGAGAGAAAGAAGCAGAGACAGAAACCGAGCUAGAAGUAAAAGCAGGGAGAGAAGCAGAGAACGCAGGAGAAGUCGUGACAGAAAUGGCAGCCGACAAAAAAGUCGCGAAAGAAGCAGAGAUAAAAGUCGGGAUAGAAGUAGAGAGCGCAGUAAAAAUAGAAGUAGGGACGGUAGCAGAGAAAGAAGUAGAAACCAAGAGAAUUUAAAAGAAGAUGAAGUGAGCAAGGCAGUUGGAAAAACAUCCGAAGCAAAGGAAGAUGGAGAGAUCGACAGUGCUGUUGAGUGCACAAAUGACGUGACAUUGGAAAAAGAUCAGAACAUGGCAAAUGAACACAGCAUAGAAGCGAAUGUUGCAUAAAAUGGAGAUAACGCAAAGCAAGUCUUACAUCACCCUAAAGAACCCUGACUUGAAAAGUUGAUUGUAUAAUUAAAUUGUAUUUUAUGAAAAUAGUCAAAAUUCUGGC